AUGGAAAGAAACCAAUUGCGUAGGCCGGUUCGUCUCAUGAGGCAGUCCCUCUUUGAUCAGGGAUUUCUGGACGAACAAUUUGUUCAGCUGGAGGAGCUGCAAGAUGAUGCUAACCCUAAUUUUGUGGAGGAAGUAGCUACAUUGUACUACCGCGAUUCAUCUAGAUCACUCCAAACCCUAGAGCAGGCACUACAGAAGGACCCUCGUGAUUUUAAUAAGUUGGACAACUAUAUGCAGCAGUUCAAGGGAAGUAGCUCAAGCAUCGGAGCCAAAAAGGUGAAAGUUGAGUGCCAGCAGUUUAGGGAAUUUUGUAAUGCAGGAAACGCAGAAGGAUGCAUGAGGACUUUCCAGCGACUGAAGCAAGAACAUGCAACACUGAAAAAGAAGCUUGAGGCUUAUUUUCAGGUGACUCGAUCGGUCUCAAGUUUUGGACUAUUAUAUUAUAUCAUAUCAGGGUUUUCAAUUAGUUGUAUCCCAUAAAAUAAAAGUGUAUUAAUCUCAUUUUUUAUAUAAAUUUUGGUGAAUUCAGAUGGCAAGGCAAGCUGGGCCAAUCGAGACAGCAAGUCGACCCAAGUAAUCAAGAAAUUCAUCAACAGCCAGAGUCUAGCUUGGAUUAAUGGAACGUCUCUUAUGGUUGCUUAUGGAAUAAUAUUCCAAUUUCCAUGUAAAAUAUUUUCACUGUCUCUUAUUAAAAAAAAAAAAAAAAAGAAAAGAGUUUUCAAUGUUUGUACUUUAAUGAAUGGAAAAUUAAAAAUGCUAUGUUGUUAUGUACGUUUACAAUCAAGUGUAAUUUUGACUCAGAAGCAAGCUAGGUGAUGAGUUGACCUUGACUAUAGCAGUGUGUAUAUUCUAUUCACUCGUUCGAUCUUCAUUCUCGCAAAUUAAAUUAAUUUAUUAUAUUGAUUUGUAAAAAUAACAUAAAAUAAAAAAUAAAAAUAAAAUAAAAAGUGUAAUUAAUUUUAAGUUAGUAAAAACAGAAAUUAAAACCUUUCGCUUUUUGUCAAUGAAGAUAAAAUAAGAAAACAAAAUUAAUUAUCAGGAAAUGGGUUUAUUACGAAUGAGAAUGGGCUUCACCAUCGAGUUGAAUCAAUUUCACGUUCUGCUUUGAUUCUCAAUUUUUCAUGGCCCCUCCAAAUUUUGGCAUACAUUAGUAGGAAUAAUUUAACAAAAAAAUUUACAUGCAGAUGUAAAUAUAGGUAUAUCUGCUAUAACGGAUGAGCUCGUUCUAUA